ACCACGUCUUGCAGAAUCACAGGUCUCCAUCAAACUAAGGGGCAUUUUCUAAUCAUAUGUGAAGGGAUUGUAUAAAUGAUUUGUGAGAUGUUAUUUGCUAAUAGCUAAUAGAGUGAUUUUGUUCUAGGUUUGUAUUUUCUAGUCUUGCUGAAAACUUUGUAAACUUCUGCGUCCCUAAGAAAGCUUCUCUCCAUGUUGGCAAGGAAAUGAUAGAAGAAUGUAAUUAAGCAAAGAUGACCCUAAAGUGAAAUGUGGAUUCUUUACAAUAUACAAUGUCCUUCCCACCAGCCACAUGUGUUUGUCAGAUGUUUACAGAAUCUUCAUUAACUAAGAGCUUUGCUAGAUAACAGAAGCUGAAGCAUGGCAUCAAUGACUCUGAUAAGGACAAGUGUACGACCAAUCUGCUUGACAACUGACAAGAGGCUGGGGUUUGAAGCAGUCUGCAAAAAGAACACCAGAAAGUGAUUUGCAAAGGGCAUUCCAGUUGUUUGCCUUACAUCUUCUUUCCUCUGUCUGUAUUGAAACAAGACUGGCAAUCAGCUAAAAUACCCUUGUCCUCUUGUCUCUCCACCAGAAAGUAAAUAUAGAAGAAAUGUGUUGUUUUGGAGUAUUAGCUGCACUGUCUGUUUUCAACAUCAUUGCUUGUUUGACAAGAGGCAAGCCUUUGGAAGAUUGGGACAGGCUAUCAGGUAUGGGAAAGUCUGAUGCACAUUUUCAUCCUGGGGAAGCAGAAGAUGAGACCCAUUUCAACUUUAAAUCUUUCUUGGAGAAUAUGAAGAUGGAUUUACUAAGGAGUUUGAAUUUGUCAAGAGUCCCCUCACAAGUGAAGACCAAAGAAGAACCACCACAGUUCAUGAUUGAUUUAUACAACAGAUAUGCUGCAGACAAGUCUUCCAUCCCUGCAUCCAAUAUUGUAAGAAGCUUCAGUACUGAAGAUGUUGUUUCUUUAGAUUCACCAGAAGAAAACCCCUUUCAGAAACACAUUUUGUUCUUCAACAUCUCUAUUCCACAAUAUGAGGAAAUCACCAGAGCUGAACUGAGAAUUUAUAUCUCCUGUCACAGGGAAGUUGGGUCUCUCUCUAGGCUGGAAGGCAACAUGGUAAUUUAUGAUGUUCUAGAUGAUGGCCACUGGGAAAACCCAGACAGUACCAGAUCUUCCCUUGUCUCCCACAACAUCCAGGAAUGUGGUUGGAAGAUGUUCGAAGUGUCCAGAGCUGUGAAAAGAUGGGUCAGGGCAGACAAACUGGAGACUAAAAAUAAGCUAGAGGUUGUUACAGAGACCAAAGCUCUGAGUGGUUUUACUUGUGGGAAGCUGGAUGUCAGUGUUACCUCUGACACAAAAAACCUACCCCUGUUAAUAGUGUUCUCCAAUGACCGCAGCAACGGGACAAAGGAGACCAAAGUGGAGCUCCGUGAGAUGAUUGUUCAUGAACAAGAAAGUGUGCUCAAGAAACUGGGGAAGAACAACACUUCAUCUGAAGAGGAACAGCAGGGAGAGGAAAAGGCCACCACUGGAUCCCACCUGCAUUCCUCCAGAAGCAAGAGAAGUGUUGGAGCCAACCACUGCAGGAGAACUUCCCUCCAUGUGAAUUUUGAAGAGAUUGGCUGGGAUUCCUGGAUCAUUGCACCAAAAGAUUAUGAGGCUUUUGAGUGUAAAGGAGGUUGCUUCUUCCCUCUGACAGAUAAUGUCACCCCAACUAAACAUGCUAUUGUCCAAACUCUGGUGCAUCUCCAAAAUCCCAAAAAAGCCUCCAAGGCCUGUUGUGUUCCAACCAAACUGGAUUCAAUAUCCAUUCUCUAUAAGGAUGAUGCUGGUGUGCCCACUUUGAUAUAUAACUAUGAAGGGAUGAAAGUGGCAGAAUGUGGCUGCAGGUAGUAUACAAGGCAGAAUCUCUAAGAAUAGGAACAUCCCCUUUUUCUGUCCUGUAGACAAUUAUGUCUUAUCUGUACAAUAGUGAUGCAAAUGAAGACCAUUACAAACGAGGUUUGGAGCAGGGUAUGGGGCUGGUUGUUGUUGCUGCUUGUUUUAAGGGAAAAUUUGCAUUUUAAAGAAUGGCAAUCUUUGUAAAUAGUCUGCAUUAUAUCUCAUGGCAAAGUGAAUACUGGAUUAAAAUAUUGUGAGAUUGAAUGAACUAUGCAUUUUCUGGUGACAGUGAUACAAUGUCAAUGCCUUAUUUCAAAAUUUCUAUUUAAUCAACUGUAUUUAGGUCACAAACUAGAGGAUUUUCAGUGGGGCUUUAGGAUGUCCUGCAAAUGUUUAACAGCUCUUGAAAGCUAAUUCUCUCAGUCAACUCUGACAUUUUUAACUUUGGUAAAACUCAGUAAGUGGAAUGUUGUCCGCAUGAUAAAGUCAGGAAUCUAAAUCCAGGAAGCCUUUUCUCAUAUCAGUAAUCUCAGAUGCUUUUACAGGCAAAUUAUUUGUUCCUGUAAGUGAAGAUUUGCAGCAUUCAAAACAGAAGAGACUCUCACUUAUUUCAUUCCCAAGUUUCCUUCUGUGGGUAGCAGGUGCCUUAGUUUCAGCUUUCUUAUCCUCAACGUCCCUAUUUUUACCCCUUCAUGGCACACACUUGAAUGAUAAGAAGUGCAGCCUUCCGCUUCCAAGACACUGUUUCCUAGGAGGAGCAGCAGACCUUAUCGCCGCACAAAGAUAAGGAGCCACUUUGACCUACUGCAUAUUCUUAGUAUUUCUUUGCAAGAACACGCAGUCAAAAGAUGUCCAGCCUUAGAAGAUGUAUCCUAAGAGCAGUGGGGGUUGGCAGAGCUCAGCACUUUUGAAAAGCUCAGGCUGCUUAUUUAGAGGCCUAAAUUUGGCUAAAUUUGUUGUUCAGAGCCUGGCAUGAGGUUCUGAUUUUUUAAAAAUUUCUUCUUAGGAGAAACUCUAUUUUACAUACAAAAUUCUUUCACCCCAUAGAAGUCUGGGAAAAAUGGAAAACUUCUAUCUGUGUCCUAUUACAUUGCUGUAUGAGAAAUAUACUAUCAUACUGUCAUUCUUCUGACUUCAGUUUUAUUUUCACUAAACAAAGCACCAUCUUUCCUGCAAUUAAAGUAAACUCCCUUUGAUGCUAAUGGAGGUUGUGCCUGUAAAAGGACAAACUGUCUUAAAUUGGUUGCAGGUGACAGGGUAAGUGCUGUACAACAUCACCAUAGUGCACCUCACUUCUACUCCUUAACCACCUUAGACACAUCUACCUGAGAACCCUUUUGGACCAAAUCCUUAACAGACUAUGCACCAUUCAAAAAGGUGAAGAAUAUUGAUGAGGCAAAAAUCUAAACAGUACCCUAAUGUAUGGAAGCAACAGAAUUUAAAUCAAUACAUAUGUUUUGAAUUAGGACAGCCUGUGGGCAAGACGAAUUCAUUUGGCAUGAACAGGUCAGCUUGAAAUCCAAUACACAGUUUAUUUACUAUUGUUAACCUAAUACAGAGCAAAUAGCAGGUGAGUGUGAGCAGGGCAGUUGUAAUUCCAUCAAGAGCUGCUGGUUAGAUCACAAACCAUGAGCACAAGGCACGAUUCACUAGAAUUCUUGAACUGAUUUAUAGUCUUUUUUCUUUAGAACUGGUCUGCAAUUGCAUCAGAUCUGAGAUCUGGGUCCAUGCAAACUCCAUACAUCCCUAGCUGCAUGCCAUUAACCUCUUAAGCUUCCCACUGCAGUAAUCAUUUUGCCACUGCCUUCUGUCAUCUUACAGUCAUCGUUAUGUCUUCCUCCUGCCAGAGCCCUCUGUAUAGUCUCCCUAUUUUAUUCCUCUCUCCUAAGCUCCUGACAUUUUACAAAACUUCUCUUAAAUGACAGAAGCAACCAAACAUGCACUUGGUGUGAUCACAUUAGUAGUGAUUAUUCACCCUUGUGUCAAUGUAAUUGUAGCUAAGUGCCCUCCAGUCAUCUAAACACAAGGUCCUAGUUAUAUCUUCACUGAAUACAGGCCUUUGUCCAUAA